AUGAAAAAACCAACCAAAGACCAUAAUCUUUUAGAACUAACCUAUCAGUAUCGGUUAGAAUCCAAUCAAAAAGUAAAGAACAUUCUCACUAAAACUGCUGAUGAACUAUAUAAGCAACAAAAAGAACUAGUGGAGAUUAAGAAACAAAAACCUUAUCUUUACCAAAUUCAAUCCCAAGUUCUCCAUGAUAUCCCUUAUCGUUUAGUGCCUUUGAAUAAUAAAUAUAAUGCUAACUUUACUUGCCAACUGCCAAAACCUAAGCAAUUGACUAUCCAAGAAAUUCAAAGACAACUAGGAAUAGACAUUGGAGUUAUUAAUCUUUUCGCUACCUCGGAGGGAUUUAUAUAUAAAAACCCUCAUUUCUUUACCAAAAUAGAAGAGAAAUUGAUAAAGUUAUAUCGGUCAUUAAGUAGAAAACAACACAAAAGAAACGAGGAAGAUUUGACUGAAAAGAGUAAAAACUUUGAGAAAGCAAGGUUAAAAUUAAUGAAAGCAUUUAGGAAAGUGGUUUGUAGGAUUAAUGACCUCAACCAUAAAUUAAGUAAGAAAAUAGUUGAUAAGUUUGAUUUGAUUGCUUACGAAGAUUGGAAAUUAAGCAAAGCAUUUGAAAAGAAAGAUAAACAAAGGAAGUUUAGCAAAUAUACUGUAAAAGGAUUAUCAGAGUUAAGAAUUGCUGACUUCUUUGCUAAACUGGAUUAUAAGGCAAAGUUGAAAGGUAAGAUUACUUACCCAGUUAGACCUGAAUACACUAGCAAAACAUGUUUCAAUUGUAAAGAGAUUAAUCCUAAUUUAGAAAAACAAAGAUGGUUCAUUUGUGCUAAUCCACUUUGUAAUUAUGAAGCAGAUAGAGAUAUUAAUGCUAGCAAAAACAUUCUCUAUAAAACACAAACGGA